AGGAGGCGCAGGUAGGGCCUGGCGUCAACUGCUGGGGUUUGUGGUGGUUGAUAUCGACCCGGGUUGGAGGGUCGCAGUCAGGAUCGCAAGGCGCACGCCUGGACGUCGGGCGCGGGGUGGUAUGAAGGGUGGCGUGACGGGGAGAGAGAGGGUGCGCAGAGAGGUGAGACAGACGGAGAUAAAUAGAUGGAGAGACGCGGAGCGCGGCGAGGAGACGAGCGAGUUGGUGGAGUAUUGUGAGAUAUACGUAUAUACGCAUAUAUAUGUAUGUAUCGCGCUGGUCGACGACGCUGGAAGCGAGAAGGGUAGUAGCAACCAGCCGGUAGUAGCGACCCGGCUGGCUAGUGCACCCUACGCGCGGGUGCAGGCGCCGCAUCCCGAGAGAGGAAGUUCGUCCUUCGGACGAAUGUGUGCGUGAGUGCUGGAGUGCGUGCAGUGUCCUCCGUCCAGCAGGAUAACAGCUGCCUGAGCGAGAUCCGCGAGUCCUGGACGUUCGUAUCGACGUCCAGUGACCGACUGAUUAUCUGACUCGAAUCAGUCAGGGGAAAAUCCUCGCCUCGGCGAGGCCGGUGAUCCAGCAGCACUAGGAGGACUGAGUUCGGGUUCUGAGGGAUCUACGUGUGGGAUCUGCGGGAAACCGUUUCCCGAGGGUAUCCAUGUAUAUCCACGAGGAGGAGAAGGAGCAGUUAACUGUGAUCGGUCGAUCGUUCUCGUAGAGGAGGACGCGACGGAUGCGGAGAUGCGGUAGAGUGCGAGGAAGGGAGUGCACGGUGGUGGUGUGCGCUUAGCAGAAGACGACAACGACGACGACGACGACGACGACCGUUACAUCGGCGCCAUGUCACAGCGGCUGCAGGCCUCGAACGAGGAUUCUUACCUGACCUGGGGCAGGCCGUCGAAUCUGCUGAAGACGAGAUUCAGCAGCGCCCGUCUCGAGAAGCUCUACCGCGCCUCCUCGCUUCAGCAACGUCGCGGUGGCCUCACGUGCUUCCUGAUGUCGGCGAUCCUCUACGGCGUCUACACCCUGGUGACGCCGGGCUUCGAGCUUCCGGCGCGCGGUGUCAGCGGGACCUUCCUCGGGCUGAGCCUCGUCCUGCUGAUCUGGGCCGAGCGCGGCACCGUCGCGAGGAACACCCUCUGGUCGCUAAUGCCGUGCGUGGUCUGGCAGCUCUGGAUCUGGCACCUGCUCGCUCAGCUGCUCCUCAGAUCCGCGCCGUACCUCAAGAUCGGUGCGAAUACCAUCAAGGUCACGCCGAGGGACAGCCUAGGCUGGAUGUUGCUGCUGAUCUAUCUACUGUUCACCACUUUGCCGCUCAGGCUGUGCCGUUGCACGUUUCUCGCGCUCGUCACUGCGAUCAUGUACGUCUCCUUCGUGGUCUUCAUCUCCAGCCCGACGCUGCAGGAACUCCAUAUGCAACCGUUCGAUGUUCUGAUCCUGACGGUGACACUCUUUGCCGGCGCCGCUAUUUUCGGUGCUUGCAGCUACUGCCUGGCGGAGUUCCAGCAGCGCAGGGCGUUUCUGGAGACCAGGCAGAGCCUGGAGGUACAGUUGCUGAUCGAGGAGCAGAGCGCGGAGCAGGAACGGCUGUUGCUCAGCGUCCUACCGGAGCACGUCGCGGUCAGGAUGCGGCAGGACUUCGGAGAGUCCUUCAACUCGCAAUUCAAGAAGAUCUACAUGUCCAGGCACGAGAACGUGUCGAUACUCUACGCCGACAUAGUCGGCUUCACCGCGAUCUCGUCGACCUACAGCGCCAGCGAGCUUGUCAAGAUACUCAACGAGCUCUUCGCGCGGUUCGAUCAGCUCAGCGAACGAUACGAGCAGCUGCGCAUCAAAAUUUUGGGGGACUGUUACUACUGCAUAAGUGGUGCACCCGUCGAAAGGCCGGACCACGCGGUCCUCUGUGUGCACAUGGGGUUGUCGAUGGUGGACGCGAUCAAAUACGUUCAACAGACGACGAACAGCCCGGUCGACAUGAGGGUGGGCAUUCACACGGGCGCGGUACUUGCCGGGGUCCUCGGCCAGAGACAAUGGCAAUACGACGUUUAUAGCAAGGACGUCGAGCUGGCGAAUAAGAUGGAGAGCAGUGGAAGGGCCGGGAGGGUACACAUCUCGAACGCGACGCUGAGUUUCCUAAACGGGGAAUUCGAGGUCGAGCCGGCGCACGGGGAGAAUCGGGAAGAGGCACUCCAAAAGGCUGGCCUUGUCACUUACUUCAUAGUGAGAGCCUUGAAACCAUUUAAGCCGGCGGUGACGAAGAGCCUCGCGUCGCUGGCGGACGCGGAAAACUCGCAAAGGACGAUGGAGAGUGCGCAAGGCAGUAGGAACAACAGCAGGGAGGAUUCCGAGGAAUUUCAGCAACGUCUGAGGAAGAAGCUCGACAGUAGAGGUGGUGGUACCGACCUGAAAGUUCGCCCCUCCUGGUUGACCCUGCGGUUCAAAGAUCCGAACGUGGAGACGGCGUUCCACAGCGUCGAUGAGGCCUUCUCGCCCUUGUCGCUUCUCGGCGGGCCUUUGGUGACGAUCUGCGCGGCACCGGUCUGGAGGCUGCAGCCCUGGGGGCCGUUCACGUGGGGUGGCGCCGGGGUGGUUGCCCUCUUCGGCGUCGUGCUGGCCGGAGCCACCUGCCUGGGCAGCGCCGUCAGGGCGACGUGGCUCAGAAGAACCCUCGCGCUCCUGAUGAUAUUCUCCCUCAUGGUCUUCCUGCUGUUAGACAUGAGCAACUGCGCGAUCAUCGACGAGAUCGAGCCACCGGCCAACACGUCGCUAAGCUGGUCUCCGCGAUGUCCGUAUCCUUCUUAUUACUCGUACGUCGGCGUUCUGGCGCUGGUCGCUAUCUCGAUGCCGACGUACCUCUGUUACCUGAACAAGGCAUGCUGGAUGUACACCCUCGCCAGUGCGCAGAGCUGCAUCAACAUCCUCUUCCUUGCACCGAGUCUCGAAAGAGAGGAUCUGUCGUCGACCCCGUCCGCGCUCUUUCCACUAAAAUACUCGCUGUCAGGCACUCUGUUCGUCAUCGCAACCGCGUUAAUCAUCGUGGCGAGACACGCUGAGAAGGCGCGAAGGAUGCUGUACUUGCGAGGACGAGAGGUCGUCGCGCAGAGAGAACGAGCGGCGGAUAUGAAGCGAAGAAACGGUGCGCUGAUAUACAACAUCCUGCCUCCCCACGUGGCCGCGUACUUCCUGUCGAGUGCAAGGCACCACGACGAUCUUUACAGCCAGAGCUACGCCGAGGUGGGCGUGCUGUUCGCCAGCAUGCCGAAUUUCGCGGAUUUCUACAGCGAGGAGAGCAUCAACAAUCAAGGCCUCGAGUGCCUCAGGUUUCUGAACGAAGUCAUCUCCGACUUCGACGCCAUCCUUGAUCAGAAUAAAUUCAAGGGCAUUAUCAAGAUAAAGACGAUAGGAUCGACCUACAUGGCCGCCUCGGGAAUAACCGAGUCGGUGAAGUCGGAGGACGGUCCUCGGUGGGGUCAUCUCUGCACCCUCGUAGAAUUCGCCCUGGAACUUAAAAAAGCACUGUCGAGCAUCAAUGAACAGAGUUUCAAUCACUUCGUUCUGAAAAUGGGCAUCAAUCAUGGACCGGUGACCGCCGGUGUCAUCGGGGCACGAAAACCUCACUAUGAUAUUUGGGGCAACACCGUUAACGUUGCGUCGAGGAUGGAGAGCACAGGAAAAGUCGGCUGCAUUCAGGUCACCGACGAGACGCGGAAGAUACUGGAGCCGUUCGGCUUCGGCUUCGAGCAGCGGGGUCUCGUUUUCGUGAAGGGCAAGGGACAGCUCCUGACGCACUAUCUUAUCUCCAAGGAUGGCGUGUCCCUAGAUCUCGACAGCGAUCUUCCCGUCGAACCUACCCAUCCCAUAAUCUACCAAUAAUGUAUUCAAAGGCUCUAACUCGAACGAGGAGAAGUGCAAUCUCCCUCAGGAGGGAGUGUUCGAUUGGAUGUUAGGUUCUUUCCGAAUCCUCGCUCGAUCAGCGACGAGCGGAGAGAAGCGGAAGCUGGCGAAAUCACGAAUCGUAAAUUUCGCGACGUCCUCUGUACACCGAACGGUCCUCUCUUCAAGAGCGUUCGGCACGCUAAAUGUAAUGUCGUAGAGAAUUGUUUAAAUGUUAGCAUCCUCGUGUCUCGAAAGGGGAAGUAGCAUGUGCAGGGAAGAAGGAAGAGGGUCGGGAGAAGCGGAUCGGGCAGGAUCGACGCCUAGAUCGGUUGCGAUUGUCGUCGAGUGUUAUCGUGCAUAAUCACAUCACCGUCAGCAGCCACUAAUUAAUGCGAAGGGGCACACAGAUACAGUCGCCGUUGACUAUACGUUGUCUAACAUUCGCACACGUGCGCGCAGGAUCGCGAUACGCUUUGGAGCGUGUUUCGUGAACCGGAAGCGUUGCUUCUCGAACUCGUACAGGGUAUACUCAAAACCAAAAAGUAAUAGAUUUAGAGGCAUACAGAGGCGCGAGCUGGAAACGAGCAGCAGGAUGUUUUGAUGUCACUGUGUAAAUAGCAGCAGAUCCGUAGAAGAAGAAGCAGAUAUGUAACGUUAUACCGACGUACUAUCGCUGACAGGUAGUAGACAACACGGACAACGUCUCUGUCGGACGACGAAUCUCGAGGAUCUGGAUAACGUAGAAAUAAUCACUUCGUGUGUGGUAAAAUCUCUCUCAUGUUCUAGAUCCGACUACCUUCUUCGUUUUUCAAGCCGCCGACGCGACGCGUUGAAAGUCGUAGCACUCGCGAAAGCGAUUCGCGGAUCCUUAGUUGGUGUGUCGAUGUCCACCGAUGUCGCGGAUCUUCGUUAAUGCGACGCAAUAAUCUGAGAAACUUACAUCCGCAGCUCGUGAUAACUCCUCGCCGAUUUCCAUGCCCGAUCCACAGCUCGCAGUUUCGUCUCGGUCGCGCCCUCGAAAUCGAGAUCGGCGGUGAUCGACACAAAGAAAUCAUUCGGCGAACCAUACGCUUUCGGCAGAAUGAAGUAUCGAUCGAAGGUGAAUUCGAUCUGUGAUAACUUCGUCGCCAUUAAGACGAGAAUAGGAAAAACCUUAUAUAUAUGUAUUUUAUAUAUAUAUAUAUAUAUAUAAGGUUUUUUUCUAUAAUAUAUAUAUAUAUAAAAGAGAGAUAUAUAUGAAUAUAUAGAUGGAACGAAUAUAUCACCGGUUUCUAUACGUCAGCACACUUCCGGUUAUCAGUGACGUACGUACGUGGUAUAAUUUAUCGUUUAUCCGAUUAUAGAUCAUCCGGAGCGAGGGUAGCGAUUACACGACAAUUUAACGAGCGGCGCGUUUUCUUAGAAACUCAGAGAUGCAUUUACCCUCCGUAUCAGCCUCCGGAUGCACGUCAUCCGUACAGGUGCACGCAAGAUAUUAUAUCGGUGACGUUGUAUGUACGCGUACAAGCUACGGUAUUUAAUCGAGAAUGAAAAGAAGAGCACUGCACAUAGGGGACUACGUAAACGUGCGCCGCAACAAGAAGGAGAGGAUGAGAGCAUCGCCAUUAUACGGUAGUAAUUUAUUUUUCUACAGUCGCCGAGUUUAUCACAAACCAAGAUGACUCAAGAGUAACGUGCACGGGCGAGUUUAGGAGAGAUUUUCUACUGACUCUUUCGUUACACACACGUGCGACGGCAUAAAUCUCAAAUACGAAUGCGGAAGCUACACUCCUUGCGCGUGUUCAGGAGUAUUUUCUAUUUUGCCCUUGGAUCAAAAUGCUCUUGGAUCACCCAUGUACAGUUCGAACCGAUCAACCGCAGCGCGUUCGUGCAAUUCGCGGCCGCGUUGAUUGUAACGAGAGGGUUGCGAGAGAGAAGAUGGAAGAGAGAGCAAUAGUGAGAGAGGACGAUGAGAGAUUGAAUGGUACGAAAAUAGGGAAGAGAGAGUACGGCCUAAGCGCGAGAAAAGUUGAGAAGUCGAAUGGGUCCUUUCGCAGAGAAAGGCAUUAUACUUCCGGAUCGUUCCACAAAUCGCGUACUUCCAUUUCCGGCCGGGCUCUCGCCCGCAUAAUCACGCAUACACACGACGUACACACGGAAAACACGCACAUACACACGAGAAACCGACGUCGGUGCACACGCGAGAGACGCAUUAAUCCACACACACACACACACACACAGAUGCGUGCGCUCGCGCGCGCGCAAAUUGCAGACCGGUAUCUUGUAAGGUAGCAAUAAACGGACUUUCGUGUACAUAUACAUAUACUAUACUUCCGUGGAUCGAUUGAUCGAUACGCAAAGAGGAUGAGCGGAAUCGGGAACUACGGGCGACGUGUGACAAAAGCCACUUAUAAAAAUAGAUUAGAAGAAAUUAAGGGAAGCUCGGUCUGCAAAAAUAUAGAUUCCUAAUCCUUGAACUUCAAGAUUAGCUCUUAAUCUUUCUUUAUUAGAGAAACAAGCGGCUGUUACUACUUGCGAAUGGAAAUAGGUAGAGAGAGAGAGAGAGAGAGAGAGAGAGAGAGAAUAUUUCUAGAUUAAUCUGCGAUAUCAAAGACUGAGGAGGUCGUAUCUGGCAGAUAGAGCUUCCAUUUAAUUUCUUUUGAUGGCGAAUCUUAUUUUUUGCGAAAUCGUCACACGGACAGACACGACGACAAUGCAGGACGCGCAAAACGGUCCGAGCGAGUGCGUGUAUAGUCAUGUAAGGAAAAUAUAUCACUGUUGAUAUCUUAGCACUUUAAACGACGAGGCAAACUCGAAGGAGAAGAGGGAACACUUGCCGUAAAACUUUCAAUCAAUUUCCCAGUGCGAUGGGCAAACGCAUUAGAAAACUCCGAGGGUGACAUGUGAAAUUACGCGAGAAACCCCACUUCUGCGUCGGCGAGAUAAUAAAUGUCUUUGCCUACACGAGAAAAUGGUAUUUUUUUCCAAACGAAAAGUCGCUCGCGCCACUUUUCGAGGUUUGUUCGCUGAGAUCUGAAAGAUCCACUAUCUGUCCUUUGCGUUCCGUGGAUCACAUCCGUACAGGAUCCCAGAUGAUCUUUCAAUUGUUAGUUGUUGAAACUUAAGAUGGGCCUCGAGGUACAUGGUCUUAGUUUACCUUAGGAUAAGACCGCCGGAAAAAUAAGACGUCUCGUGAAUGAUGUCUUAUGAAGGUAGCAUAAAAAUAAGACGAGCUUAAACAUCAAAGGCUUGGCCUAAAUAAAUAAAUGUUGGUUUUGGAAAUUGCACGUAAUUUAGCACGAGGAACCUCAGAAAUAAGAUAAGAACCUUUCCAACCUCGUUUUAGAUUCCGACUAUGAAUAAGUCUGAGGAUGUCUAUCAGCGUUCUGAAACAGAACUUUGUCUACUUUCGGUUCGCCUGUCUUGCAGUUGGUUUUUGCAACGGAGGAAAGCAGGUCCAUCUUCUGGGUCCGUCUUAUACCAAUCAAAGACACACGAGUAACACACAAAUGUUAGUAUUAAACAACAUUAAAAAUAUCUUUGUAAAUAAUAAAUUUCAAAUUAGAAUUCUGUGAAUUCUGUGAAAGUAAAGUGAGAUUGACGGAUGAA